AUGUCACAAAUGUUGGACAGGGAUACUUGGGGUUCUCCUAACCAGGCCAGAGAGUGUCCUGACAGGGAUACUAGGGGUUCUCCUAACCAGGCCAGAGAGUGUCCUGACAGGGAUACUAGGGGUUCUCCUAACCAGGCCAGAGAGUGUCCUGACAGGGAUACUAGGGGUUCUCCUAACCAUGACAGAGAGUGUCCUGACAGGGAUACUAGGGGUUCUCCUAACCAGGCCAGAGAGUGUCCUGACAGGGAUACUAGGGGUUCUCCUAACCAUGACAGAGAGUGUCCUGACAGGGAUACUAGGGGUUCUCCUAACCAGGCCAGAGAGUGUCCUGACAGGGAUACUAGGGGUUCUCCUAACCAGGCCAGAGAGUGUCCAGACAGGGAUACUAGGGGUUCUCCUAACCAGGCCAGAGAGUGUCCUGACAGGGAUACUAGGGGUUCUCCUAACCAGGCCAGAGAGUGUCCUGACAGGGAUACUAGGGGAUCUCCUAACCAGGCCAGAGAGUGUCCUGACAGGGAUACUAGGGGUUCUCCUAACCAUGACAGAGAGUGUCCUGACAGGGAUACUAGGGGUUCUCCUAACCAUGACAGAGAGUGUCCUGACAGGGAUACUAGGGGUUCUCCUAACCAGGCCAGAGAGUGUCCUGACAGGGAUACUUGGGGUUCUCCUAACCAUGACAGAGAGUGUCCUGACAGGGAUACUAGGGGUUCUCCUAACCAGGCCAGAGAGUGUCCUGACAGGGAUACUAGGGGUUCUCCUAACCAGGCCAGAGAGUGUCCUGACAGGGAUACUAGGGGUUCUCCUAACCAGGCCAGAGAGUGUCCUGACAGGGAUACUAGGGGUUCUCCUAACCAGGCCAGAGAGUGUCCUGACAGGGAUACUAGGGGUUCUCCUAACCAGGCCAGAGAGUGUCCUGACAGGGAUACUUGGGGUUCUCCUAACCAGGCCAGAGAGUGUCCUGACAGGGAUACUAGGGGUUCUCCUAACCAGGCCAGAGAGUGUCCUGACAGGGAUACUUGGGGUUCUCCUAACCAGGCCAGAGAGUGUCCUGACAGGGAUACUAGGGGUUCUCCUAACCAGGCCAGAGAGUGUCCUGACAGGGAUACUUGGGGUUCUCCUAACCAGGCCAGAGAGUGUCCUGACAGGGAUACUAGGGGUUCUCCUAACCAGGCCAGAGAGUGUCCUGACAGGGAUACUUGGGGUUCUCCUAACCAUGACAGAGAGUGUCCUGACAGGGAUACUAGGGGUUCUCCUAACCAGGCCAGAGAGUGUCCUGACAGGGAUACUUGGGGUUCUCCUAACCAGGCCAGAGAGUGUCCUGACAGGGAUACUUGGGGUUCUCCUAACCAGGCCAGAGAGUGUCCUGACAGGGAUACUAGGGGUUCUCCUAACCAGGCCAGAGAGUGUCCUGACAGGGAUACUAGGGGUUCUCCUAACCAGGCCAGAGAGUGUCCUGACAGGGAUACUAGGGGUUCUCCUAACCAUGACAGAGAGUGUCCUGACAGGGAUACUAGGGGUUCUCCUAACCAGGCCAGAGAGUGUCCUGACAGGGAUACUAGGGGUUCUCCUAACCAGGCCAGAGAGUGUCCUGACAGGGAUACUUGGGGUUCUCCUAACCAGGUCAGAGAGUGUCUUGACAGGGAUACUAGGGGUUCUCCUAACCAGGUCAGAGAGUGUCCAGACAGGGAUACUAGGGGUUCUCCUAACCAGGCCAGAGAGUGUCCUGACAGGGAUACUUGGGGUUCUCCUAACCAGGCCAGAGAGUGUCCUGACAGGGAUACUAGGGGUUCUCCUAACCAGGUCAGAGAGUGUCCUGACAGGGAUACUAGGGGUUCUCCUAACCAGGCCAGAGAGUGUCCGGACAGGGAUACUAGGGGUUCUCCUAACCAUGACAGAGAGUGUCCGGACAGGGAUACUUGGGGUUCUCCUAACCAGGCCAGAGAGUGUCCGGACAGGGAUACUAGGGGUUCUCCUAACCAUGACAGAGAGUGUCCGGACAGGGAUACUAGGGGUUCUCCUAACCAGGCCAGAGAGUGUCCUGACAGGGAUACUUGGGGUUCUCCUAACCAGGCCAGAGAGUGUCCUGACAGGGAUACUAGGGGUUCUCCUAACCAGGCCAGAGAGUGUCCUGACAGGGAUACUAGGGGUUCUCCUAACCAGGCCAGAGAGUGUCCAGACAGGGAUACUAGGGGUUCUCCUAACCAGGCCAGAGAGUGUCCUGACAGGGAUACUAGGGGUUCUCCUAACCAGGCCAGAGAGUGUCCUGACAGGGAUACUAGGGGAUCUCCUAACCAGGCCAGAGAGUGUCCUGACAGGGAUACUAGGGGUUCUCCUAACCAUGACAGAGAGUGUCCUGACAGGGAUACUAGGGGUUCUCCUAACCAUGACAGAGAGUGUCCUGACAGGGAUACUAGGGGUUCUCCUAACCAGGCCAGAGAGUGUCCUGACAGGGAUACUUGGGGUUCUCCUAACCAGGCCAGAGAGUGUCCUGACAGGGAUACUAGGGGUUCUCCUAACCAGGCCAGAGAGUGUCCUGACAGGGAUACUAGGGGUUCUCCUAACCAGGCCAGAGAGUGUCCUGACAGGGAUACUAGGGGUUCUCCUAACCAUGACAGAGAGUGUCCUGACAGGGAUACUAGGGGUUCUCCUAACCAUGACAGAGAGUGUCCUGACAGGGAUACUAGGGGUUCUCCUAACCAGGCCGGAGAGUGUCCUGACAGGGAUACUUGGGGUUCUCCUAACCAGGCCAGAGAGUGUCCUGACAGGGAUACUAGGGGUUCUCCUAACCAGGCCAGAGAGUGUCCUGACAGGGAUACUAGGGGUUCUCCUAACCAGGCCAGAGAGUGUCCUGACAGGGAUACUUGGGGUUCUCCUAACCAGGUCAGAGAGUGUCUUGACAGGGAUACUAGGGGUUCUCCUAACCAGGCCAGAGAGUGUCCUGACAGGGAUACUAGGGGUUCUCCUAACCAGGUCAGAGAGUGUCCUGACAGGGAUACUAGGGGUUCUCCUAACCAGGCCAGAGAGUGUCCGGACAGGGAUACUAGGGGUUCUCCUAACCAUGACAGAGAGUGUCCGGACAGGGAUACUUGGGGUUCUCCUAACCAGGCCAGAGAGUGUCCGGACAGGGAUACUAGGGGUUCUCCUAACCAUGACAGAGAGUGUCCGGACAGGGAUACUAGGGGUUCUCCUAACCAGGCCAGAGAGUGUCCAGACAGGGAUACUAGGGGUUCUCCUAACCAUGACAGAGAGUGUCCGGACAGGGAUACUUGGGGUUCUCCUAACCAGGCCAGAGAGUGUCCUGACAGGGAUACUAGGGGUUCUCCUAACCAGGCCAGAGAGUGUCCUGACAGGGAUACUUGGGGUUCUCCUAACCAGGCCAGAGAGUGUCCGGACAGGGAUACUAGGGGUUCUCCUAACCAGGCCAGAGAGUGUCCGGACAGGGAUACUUGGGGUUCUCCUAACCAGGCCAGAGAGUGUCCUGACAGGGAUACUAGGGGUUCUCCUAACCAGGCCAGAGAGUGUCCUGACAGGGAUACUAGGGGUUCUCCUAACCAGACCAGAGAAGCCUGCUCCUUCAACACUACGUUCAAACCACCCUGCUCCAUCCCUUUUAUAUAUAACUAA